AUGGCGCAGUGGCCCCGCGCCGGGGCAGGGAAGGAGGCCCUGACGCAGGACGGUUCUUCGCGGACUGCGGCGGCCCGGCGGCGGCGAGGACUCGGGAGCGCCGCGGAAGGAGCGCCCAGACCCGGCUCGCAGCCCACCCGGCCGCCCCACUUCGCGGCCCUCGCCCCGCCCACCAGCCGCCCCACGCAGGCGCAGCCUGGCCCUCACGAGCUCCUUAGAAGCUGGGGCGGCCGAGGCCAGGCUCGCGGGACUGCGCGGGCUGUGGGCGGGGCCGGGCCCACGCAGGAGCCGGGCCGCGGGGGCGGGGCAAAAAGGCCUGGCGCUGUGCACUUGACCGUCGCGGCGCCCGGGAUUGGGCAGCUGAGGGCAGGUGCCACGUCCGAGCUGCCCACACACCGCCUUAUGCGUGGCGGUGGCGGUGCAGGGCGAGGCUGUUUUCGUCGACAGUGGGCAGUAGAGGGGUCUGAAGUCAGCAGUAAUAAAAAUGAAUUAGUGAUGGGCGCCACCAAAUUCAUGCUGAGUCAAAGAAUCUGCAGGGAAGCCUCUCUGGGAGAUGUUGUGUUUCUGGUGGACACCAACAUCAACCCCCAACAUGCACGCAGUGUGCGGAACUUCUUGUACAUUCUGGUAAACAGCUUCAACAUCAGCAGUGAGACCAUCCAUGUGGGUCUGGCCAAGUAUAGCGAUGUGCCCCAUUCGUAGUUCUUGCUUUCCACCUACCACCACAAAGGUGAUGUGUUGAGACACAUUCGGCAGUUUCAAUUUAAGCCUGGGGGCAAGAAGAUGGGCCUGGCCCUGAAGUUCAUUCUAGACCACCACUUCCAGGAAGCAUCAGGGAGCCGGGCAAGCCAAGGGGUACCUCAGAUCGCCGUGGUGAUCAGCAGUGGGCCAGUUGAGGACCAUGUCCAUGGACCUGUGGAGGCAUUGAGGAGGGCAGGCAUCCUGCUUUAUGCUAUUGGCGUCAGAGAUGCAGUUUGGGCAGAGCUCAGGGAAAUUGCCAGUAGUCCUCAGGAGAAUUUUACCUCCUUUGUUCCUAACUUCUCUGGUCUGAGCAAUCUCGCCCAGAAGCUGCGGCAGGAACUCUGUGAUAUGUUGGCAAAGGCAGCUCCACAUGUUGACCACGUCUCUCCGGCUUGCAGAGAAGCAGCCCUGGCAGACAUUGUGUUUCUAGUAGACAAUUCAACUAGCAUUGGACCCCAAAACUUCCAGAAAGUCAAGAACUUCCUUUACUCCGUCAUCUUGGGGCUUGACAUCAGCAGUGACCGUGUCCGAGUGGGACUUGCCCAGUAUAAUGACAACAUCUACCCAGCCUUCCAGCUGAACCAGCACCCUCUGAAGAGCAUGAUCUUGGAGCAGAUCCAGAAUCUGCCAUACCGCACAGGAGGCACAAACACAGGGAGCGCCCUGGAGUUUAUCAGGACCAACUAUUUGACUGAGGAGUCUGGCAGUCGGGCCAAGGACAGAGUUCCUCAGAUAGUUAUCCUGGUGACUGACAGGGAGUCAAAUGAUGAGGUCCAGGAGGUGGCUGACCGGUUGAAAGAAGAUGGAGUUGUUGUGUAUGUGGUAGGGGUCAAUGUCCAGGAUGUCCAAGAGUUGCAAAAAAUAGCCAGUGAGCCAUUUGAGAAGUUUCUCUUCAACACCGAAAACUUCAAUAUCCUGCAGGAUUUUUCAGGAAGUAUUCUUCAGACUCUGUGCUCAGCAGUGGAGGGUAAGAUAAAAGAAUUCAUCAAAGCCUAUGCAGACGUGGUCUUUCUUGCUGACACAUCACAGGACACAUCACGGGCCAGUUUCCAGAGGAUGCAGAAUAUCCUCUCCAGAGUGGUUGGCAUGCUGGAGGUUGGCAGGGACAAGUACCAAAUUGGGCUGGCUCAGUAUGGUGACCAAGGUCACACUGAGUUUUUGCUCAAUACCUACAAGACCCAGAAUGAGAUGAUAGCUCACAUUCAUGAGCGUUUUGUGCCCCUGGGUCGUUCCAGGAGGACAGGCAAGGCACUGCGAUACCUUCUUCAGACAUUCUUCCAGGAGGAAGCAGGAAGCCGGUUUCUCCAGGGCAUUCCCCAGUAUGCAGUGGUCAUUAAUUCAGGCAAAUCAGAGGAUGAAGUCCAGGAUGCUGCACAGAGACUAAGAGAGAAAGGUCUGAAAGUUAUGUCUGUGGGUGUGCAGGACUUUGACAGGAGAGAACUGGAAGGGAUGGGAUCCCCAGACCUUGUCUAUGAUAUGCAGAGAGAAGAUGAAGUCAGACACAUAGUAGAAGAUAUGAAUGUGGUGAUCCAAGGGACUGGACAGCAGGAACACAGGAUUACAGCCAACGAGGAGGCUGUAGGAGCGUGCGCAACUGCUGUCCCGGCUGACUUAAUAUUCCUCAUUGAGGAAUUUAGCAGGGUUAGGCAACCCAAUUUCCAACAAGUUGUCAAUUUCCUAAAGACCAUUGUCAGUUCUCUAAGCAUUCGUCCUGAUACUGUGAGAUUUGGCUUGGUCUUCUACAGUGAGGAACCACGACUUGAAUUUUCACUGGAUGCAUUUCAGAAUCCAGCCAAAAUCUUGGAGCAUUUGGACAAAUUAACCUACCGGGAAAGAAAAGGAAGGACGAAGACUGGUGCUGCGUUAGAUUUCCUGAGGAACGAGGUUUUCAUUCAGGAGAAGGGUAGCUGGUCCAACCACGGUGUGCAGCAGAUAGCUGUAGUCAUCACGGAAGGCUUCUCCCAAGACAGAGUAUCUAGACCCGCUUCUCGCCUCCGAAGGGCAGGCGUCACCAUCUAUGCAGUGGGCACCCACAAUGUCUCAGAGAGUAAGGACCUGGAGAAGAUAGCAUCAUAUCCUCCUUGGAAGUAUUCAGUCCCCCUGGAAUCCUUUUUGCAGCUCUCCGUAGUAGGAAGCAAGCUUACACACCAGCUCUGCUCUGAGAUGGUGGACAGUAAAGUUUCCAUUAGUGGGACGAGCUAUCCCCUACAAGAAGGUUGUGUGCACAUCGAAAAGGCAGAUAUUUACUUCCUUAUUGAUGGGUCUGGCAGCAUCUAUCCAGAAGAUUUUCUUGAGAUGAAGGUGUUCAUGAAUGAAGUGAUAAAGAUGUUCUAGAUCGGGCCCAACAGAGUUCAGUUUGGAGUCAUUCAGUACUCAGACAAAAUUAAAAGUAAAUUUAUCCUCAGCCAGUAUCCCAGUGUGGCAGAGCUGAAGGUAGCCAUUGAUAACAUCCAGCAGGGGGAAGGUGGCACCAAAACUGGUGAGGCCUUGAACAACAUGACUCAGGUUUUUGCAGACACCAGCCGAAUCAAUGUUGCUCGAUAUCUUAUAGUCAUCACUGAUGGUAAAUCUUCAGACUCGGUGGCUGAGGCUGCAGAGGGAUUGAGGGCAAAUGGAGUUAACAUUUAUGCCAUUGGAAUAAGAGAAGCUAACAUUGAUGAGCUUAAGGAAAUAGCUAAAGACAAGAUAUUUUUUGUGUAUGAGUUUGAUUUACUGAAGGACAUCCAAAAAGAAGUGGUACAGGACAUCUGCUCCUCAGAGGCCUGUAAGAAUAGUAAAGCUGACAUUAUCUUCCUGAUAGAUGGUUCAGAAUCUAUCUCCCCAAAAGACUUUGAAAAGAUGAAAAGAUUUGUGGAGAGCAUGGUGAACCAAUCUAAUAUUGGUACUGAUGGAAUUCAAAUUGGCCUUUUGCAGUUCAGCUCAAUCCCCCUGGAAGAAUUCAGGCUCAACCAAUACUCCUCAAAGGUGGACAUUUACAGGGCCACCUUUGAUGUUCAGCAGAUGAGGGAUGGCACCCGCACUGGGAAAGCUCUGAAUUUCACUCUGCCUUUUUUUGACAGUUCAAAAGGAGGGAGACCCAGUGUUCAACAAUAUUUGAUUGUGAUCACCGAUGGGGUGGCCCAAGAUAAUGUAAUCAUACCAGCCAAAGCCCUCAGGGACAAAAACAUAAUUAUUUUUGCCAUUGGGGUGGGAGAAGCCAAAAAAUCGCAGCUUUUGGAGAUCACUAAUGAUGAGGACAAAGUGUACCAUGAUGUAAAUUUUGAGGCCCUGCAGAACCUGGAGAAGGAAAUUCUUUCUAAGGUCUGUGAUCCACAAGACAGGAUUUCACUCUGUCACCCAGGCUGGAGUGCAGUGGUAUGAUCACAGCUCACUGCAGCCUCAAACUCCCAGGCUCAAGCGAUCCUUUCACCUCUAGCUGGGACCACAGGAUGCAACCUGGAUUUGUCUGUAGGAAUUGAUAUCUCAACUCCUUCAAAGAAAGUUCAGCAGAAGCUUCAAGGGUUACUGCCAGAGCUGAUGCAACAGUUGGCUUUACUUUAUAACAUCAGCUGUGGCAUUUCUGAUCAGAUCGACCCAAGAUUCCGCUACUUGGUUCCUGGCUCAAAUGGCCAGCUUACCUUUGACUCAGACUUUGAAAAAUACAGUUAUGAGAUCAUCCAGAAGUUCUUGGUUCAUCAGGCUGCCAGGAAUAACAAUAUGGAUGUGAACUUUUUGCAGUCCUUGGGAGAUAAUGCUAUUCAUCUCUCUUCUGCUAAAGUAAAGGUCCUUUUAGUGUUUACAGAUGGACUGGAUGAUGAUUUAAAAAGACUGAAAAAAACAUCGGAGUUUCUCCACAGCAGAGGAUACAAUUGUGGAAAGAACAUGCUGCAAUAUAUAUGCAAAGUGUUUUGGAGAAGAUGGGUACAGAGGUGAUUAUGGGAGUUCUGGGAGGAAGGGAGAGAAGGGUUUUGAUGGGUUACCCAGUCAUCCUGGUGAGGAAGGCAGAUAUGUAAGUACUGAAUGUUAUUUCUUUACUUUAAAAGAACAUGGCAAAAUGGAUCAAAUAUUAGCAAUAUUUAAUUGCACCUAAGUCAUGAAAGUUUUUCUCAUCUAUGCCACUUAAAGUAGGUCAAAAGUGUAUAUAUAAAAUAGACAUUUAUUAUAAUAAAUGCCAGGCAGAUCUGCUUUUUAAAGAUACAGUUUCUGGAAUGCAUUAAUGAUUCAUUAUGGCUGUUUUAUUUUUUAAUCAAUGAAUUUGAACUAACUGAAAAUGUGGUCUGUGUCUAGUGUGCAGGGAUGUCAAAGUAGUUGUUAAUCAUGAGCUAAAUUGCAGAUAAUCUGUUACUAUUACUAAGCUAUCUAUAUUUGUAAAUGGUUAACAAAAUAACUGAAGAGAAUCUAAGACCAUUCUUACUACGGGUCAUUCAGAUGCUUCCCUAUGUGGCUGAGAAUGUGGGAGUUAUAGUUAGCCACCAAUGGCUUGCACGUAACUCUGGACACACCCCUGGGGAUAUGCUGGGCAAACAGAAGUUAUCUAUUAGUCACGUCAUUGUCUGUGGAGAAAAUGUAUAUUAAAGAGAGAAUUGUGAGCUAGGGGACUGGGAUGUGAUAGGGACCAUCUUUGUUACAUAAUAUAAAUGCCAGAAGGAUUUUUAAAUCCCAUGGUUUUCAGUUAAUUUUAAAUUAUGGAAAACCACUUUGCCACUGGUGCCUAUUUUAAGGUUGAUUCAUGUAUAUACCACUGGUUCUCAAACAUUUUGGCCUAAGGAUAACAUUAUAUUCUUCCCCCCACCCCAACUUUAUUGGGGUAUAAUUGACAAAUAGAAUUGUAUAAUUUGAGAUGUACAAUAUAAUGAGUUGAUAUAUAUGUAUACAUUGUGAAAUGAUACUAGAAUCAAGUCAGUUAAUAUGUCCAUCACCUCAUAUAGUUACCAUUUUUUUGUAUGUGGCGAGAACAUUUAACAUCUACUCUUUUAGCAAAUUUCUAGUAUAUUAUAUAGUGCUAUUAACUAUAAUUACCAUCUUGUACAUUAGAACUCCUGAACUUACUCACUUAUAACUGAAAGAUUGUACCUUUUAACCAAAAUCUCUCAAUUUCCUGCACCUCUCAACCUUUACACUCUUAAAGAUUAUUGGGAACCUUGAAGAGUUUUUGUUUAUGUGGUUUCCAUGUAUUAUUAUUUACCAAUUUAGAAAUUAGAACUAAGAAUAUUAAAAAUUGUUUAUCUUAUUUCAAAAUAACAACAAUAAACUCACUAAAGUUAACAUUCAUGACAUAUUUCUUUAUAAAAAAUAACUGUAUUUUCCCAAACAAAAAAUAUUAGUGAGAAAGUGGCAUUGUUUAGCAUAUUUAGCUUACUGGAAGGCAGCUGGAUUUCCAAUCUGUCUCUGUAUUCAGUCUGUGGUGAUGUCACUUGCCAUGUGGCUUCUUGAUAACUUUACCACAACUUGGGAGAGAAUAAGAAUGAAAAAAAAAAAAAAAGACAUUUUGGUGUAAUUGGAAAAAUAACUUUAACUUUGUGACCCUCCCAAAAGGAUCUUGGAAACACGAGGGGCCCUUUGACCAUGCUUUCUGAACCAUUGGUAUCUAUGUUAUCAUUGCUCCACUUAGAGUGGCACAUUGUUUUAUUAUUCUGAACAUUCAGGGUGUUGGAAAAUAAGCAGAAAUCAGAGGAAAAUGUAGCUGCUGAGACCCAUGUAAGCUCAUCUAUUUCUUGUUUUUUUUUUUUUGUUUUUUGUUUUGAGAUGGAGUCACAUUUCUUUAUGUUUACAAGAUAAUUGCUCAACUUUUCUAUUUAUUUUUCCUCAGUAAGCACAGUCUUAGCUGUUAGAAAUUCAUUCAGGAACAUGAUUGAUGGAUUUUUGCUAUUUUAUUUAGAAAUAAUGAAAAUAUUCCUUCCCAUUUUUAUUAUGUUUUAAAAUGUCCUUUAAGUAUUAUUUUAUUUUUUCUGCCUGAUCUGUGGUUCAAUGAGCCCAGUCAAUGUUAGGAGAAUGACAUAAGGUCCAUCCCACCCAUUAGGACCAUUGACUCCAAUUUCAGACAAACAGGAUAAACCAAAUUCUUGUCUGUCUAGAGUGAAAGAUGGUUUUGUCCCCCUUCUUUACUGUGCCAACAUUAUAAAACCAGGAUAUUUUGUAAAGACCCUUUAGUACAGGGCUAGAAAUAUAGUGCAAGUGACAUUUAUAAUUUUAAAUUUUAUAGCAGCUAUCUUAAAGAAAGUAAAAAGAAA